AUUUGCCACAAGUAACCAAAAGAAAAAGAGAAAAAAAAACCCCACAAAGAAAUGAAGCCUCUCAUCAUCUUCCUCCUCGUGCUUCUUUCCCUUGCUUCUUCCUCCAUUAUUUUCGUAUCCGUUAGAAACCCCGACUUCUUCGUCAGCACCAGAUAUGACGUUUCCGUGAUCAAUGGCUUCAAGAACAACUCGUCUCUUCCCUUGGUCAUCUGGUGCUCGUCGUCGAGGGGCGACAUGGGGGGCCGAGCUCUCCAAGAGGGUGACGAUUUCAGUUGGAGCCUUGAGACCAACAUAUGGGGAACUCCUCCUUACGGUUGCACCAUGAAAUGGGACUUAACGAGGAAGCGAUUCGUCGCGUUCGAGGUCGGUCGCGACAGCAGCAGAUGUGCUCCGUCUCGGAAGUGUUUUUGGUUGGUGAGAGAAGAUGGAUUUUAUUUUAGCAGCGAUGGAGUUAUUUGGAGCAAAGAUUUUUCAUGGUCAUAGUUGAUACAACUGUGCUAUUCACACAGAGAAAACCGACACAGAUAGCGCACAUAUUUUUUGUGGGGUUCACUACAGGUCCCACACAAGCGAUUCAAGCCGUUCAUUAAAUGUAAAACAUUUUCUCAAGGCUCCUUGUAAAAAACUCCAGCUCCGAUACCUACAGGUAAUCAAUCCAAUCAUCUAACUUUUCAUUCAAAUUUCAAGAUACGGAGUAAUAAAGAGCUAGAUGAAUGGAUUGAGCACCUAUAGGUAUCCGAUUGAGCUGAUUUUUAGCGGGAGUCCUUAAAAAAAUGUUGGCAUUUGAUGAACGGUUAGGAUCAUUUAGUUUCACACAAAAAAUUUGUGUGCAAUCUGUGUCGAUUUUGUCUGUCAACAAACUUAUUGUAGUUGAUAUGGCUUUUGCGUCGGUGUUGUCUCAUAAAUUUUAAUAUCCGGCAAGAGUUUAAAUCCUUUCCGGAUGAGGUGUAAACUCCAUUGUUUCCACCGCUUGUUGUGGGUCCCAUCAUGCAUUCAUUGUAGUAAUCCGAAGCGUCCAUCUUGUAGGGUCCGCAUGCAAGAAAUUAGUUUCAUCGGACAUCAAUAGCUAUAUCAAAAAAUAAACUUUGAUUUGUGAAAUAAACGGUCAUGAACGGUUUAACUCACAAAACUAGGUACAGAAUCCGGCCGUCUGUUUUAAAAAUCAAAAAUCAUCUUUUGAUAUAGCUAUUGAUGUCCAAUUAAGCUAAUUUUUUCUGUGGUUAUGUUGCUUGGUAGACCCGAUAAGAUGAACCGUUCAAAUUACUGCAAUAAACGCUUGGUAGGCCAGGUCCACAAUGGACGGUGGUGAAAACCACGGGGAUUUCCUCCUAGUUCAGACAGAACUUAAGCAAAGCUUUAAGUUAUUAUAUAUAGCCAUAAAAGAAAUAAUUAUUUUGAAUUGUAAGGGUCUUUUUGAUGACUUUUGGACUUUUUAUAGUAUAUAUAUUGAAAGCAUACUUCUUUAGGAAAUA